ACAGUUAGGCGCGCAGUUUCUCUCGGGUGUUCAAGCAAAGAGGAGAUCGAGAAGUAAAACUAAUAAAUCUUUAGCUAUAAUUUUACAAGAUUUUUUUAAUUUUUGAAAGUGCUGUAUUUAAGUAUUUUUUGUAGUGUUUUUUUUUGUGAUUUGCAUAGUGUUUCUCAUAUUUCAAUUUAGUGUAUAGAAAAAAAGCUCAUGGGAAACGAAUACAUAUGCGCAGAGAACACGUGUUCAAAGGUUGCUCAUCUACUUUACGCCUCGCCCAAGGUAUUUGAGACCUGACAGAGGGUAGUGAAUUAAAUUACGCGGUAUCCCUCGUUGUGUGCACCCCAAUAAUGGGCAACAAUAGAGUCGAAAGCCGACCGAAAGGCGGCGCGCUUCGCUUCAACGCGGCAUCAGCGAUGAUAUCGGAGUCACCUCGUCAGAGUAAUGAUCUUUCCACACUUCUCUGCUUUACCUGCAGCGCCUGCUUUGUCCUGAGUUUAAUUUGCUCCAGUUUAGCGGCAUCGGUCGUUCCGCUAGACCAGACCGUCGAGGCGGCGAGUUACAGUCGACACGAUACAAAUACAGAGACAAUAAUGCCUGAUCCUGACGAAGGCUUCAGAUUGCCAAAAGAAGUCGUACCUAUCCAUUAUGAUCUCUACUUGCAUCCAAAACUUCAAGAGGGCACAUUUACUGGAAAAGCAACCAUUCUAAUUGAUGUCCGUGACAACAGAAGAUUUAUAGCUCUUCAUCAAAAAGAUCUCAACAUCACCUCUGCGAAAUUGGAAACGUAUGGCCUAAAUGAAAAUCAAGAAAUUACUAUCUCGUCCAUCAGUAAGCCUACGAAGUAUGAAACCUUCGUGAUAUCAACUGAAAAUGAUAUUAAUCCUGGAAAGUACAAUUUGAAUCUAGAAUUUGAUGGAAAUCUCAAGGACAAAAUAGUCGGAUUCUAUAGCAGCAAAUAUAAGGACAAGAAAAACACAAGUAAUAACAUCAGGUACAUUGCGACUACCAAAUUCGAGCCAACUUAUGCUAGACAAGCUUUCCCGUGUUUCGAUGAACCCAAUUUUAAGGCAAAAUUUUCAGUUAAACUGGUGCAUCCUGCGGAUGGUUAUUACAGUGCCUUAUCCAACAUGAAUGUAAAGGAUAAGCAAAAAAAUACACCAGAAAUUGGUCUAACAACAGUGACCUUUGAAGAAACUGUACCUAUGUCAACGUAUUUAGCUUGUUUUAUUAUCCAUGACUUUAUUGGCACAACUAAAACGGCAAAGGGUUUAAAUGGUAAAGAAUUUCCGAUCAGUAUCUACACCACAAGACUUCAAUCGCAGGAGAGAAGAGAUUUUGCAGUGGAUAUUGGCGUGAAAGCUAUUGAAUAUUACAUAAACUUAUUCCAAAUAAAUUAUCCAUUACCAAAACUCGAUAUGGCUGGUAUUCCCGAUUUUGUGUCCGGCGCUAUGGAGAAUUGGGGUUUAGUGACUUUUAGAGAAACAAGAAUUCUUUACGAUGAUCGUAAUAACUCGAUCUAUGAUAAGCGCGAUGUCGUUAACGUAAUCUGUCACGAAUUGGCACAUAUGUGGUUUGGAAAUCUCGUAACUAUGAAAUGGUGGAAUGAUUUGUGGCUAAAUGAGGGUUUUGCUACAUUCAUGGCAUCUAAAUGUUCAAAUGUGAUUCUACCAAACCGAGGAUAUAUGGAAGAAUUUCCUAUUGAAGUAAUGCAGAAUGUGUUCGUUUCCGACUCAAAGUUGAGCUCUCAUCCUAUAAUUUAUGAUGUUGAAAAUCCAGACGAUAUUACAUCUUUCUUUGAUGCAAUAUCUUAUAAAAAAGGAGCAUCUAUAAUCGGCAUGAUGGAGAACUUCUUUGGAUCUGAUGUCUUUUUCGGUGCAAUUAGUGCUUAUUUGAAGAAUUAUACCUAUCAAAAUGCGGAGACAGUGGACCUUUUAAAUGCUUUGCAAAAUGCGGUAGGAAGUAAAUUAAAUGUAAAAUCAAUAAUGGAUACUUGGACGCGACAAGAAGGUUACCCUGUUGUCAACGUGAAAAAGUCUGGAAACAAAUAUAUAUUAACUCAGGAACGAUUCCUAGACGAUCCAGACGCCAAAUCCGAUCCUUUAAAAUCAGAAUACAAGUACCGCUGGACCAUACCCAUCACUUAUAUCACUAAUAUAAACGAGAGACCCACUCUCACGUGGUUCGAUAAAGAUGCGAACGAAGUGGUCAUUGAGGUCGACGAUCGUACUAGGUGGUUUAAAUUAAAUGCCGGUCAAGUUGGCUAUUAUCGAGUUAAUUACAACGAGGAAUGGAAAACAUUCGAGCAUUUACUUCGAUCCGAUUAUACGCAAAUAUCUGCAGUGGAUCGAGCGAAUCUUUUGGAUGAUUUGUUUAGUUUAGCUGAUGCCGGUAAAAUCGAAUAUAGCAGCGUGAUGGACUUAAGCAUGUAUCUCACCGAGGAGUAUCAUGUUCUUCCAUGGACGGUUGCGAAAUCGAAAUUCAAGUCGAUUCUUUCUCUGUUAACCUCCAUGAAUGACCCAGUACUUUUACAGCUGUUCAAAUCUUACGUCGCAAAAUUGGUAAACACCAUCUACGAGGAUGUAACUUGGACUGUCGAUGAUACUGUCCAAAAGGAUGUACCUACACACAUCGACAAUAGAGUACGACCAACAGUAAUUGGAUUGGCCUGUGCAAUGGGUUCAGCGGAAUGCCUGGAAAAAGCAGGCGAUCUCUUCAAGGAUUGGUUGGCAGGAAAGAAACCGCAACAUCCUGAUAUACGAGAUUUGGUUUAUUAUUACGGUAUGCGCUACCGGUCGAAUGAGAACGAGUGGAAUGCCAUGUUCGAUUUGUUUAUAGACGAGACCGAUCCCAGCGAGAAGAAUAAAAUAAUGUCAGGAUUAGCGGGCAUAAAAUCUACUGCAAUUUUAGAGAAGUACAUUGACAGAGCAACUGAUCAGAAUUACGUCCGCACUCAAGAUUUCUUGAAAUGCUUGAUUAUGAUUUCCAAAAAUCCCAAUGGUACAUCGCUGGUAUGGGACUGGGUGCGCAAGAAUUGGGAGUUCCUGGUAAAGAGAUACACAUUAAACGAUCGAUAUCUUGGUGAACUUAUACCAUCUAUCACAAAUUCCUUCGCCACGCAAGCUAGGCUGGACGAAAUAAAAGCCUUCUUCGCGAAAUAUCCUGAAGCAGGUGCCGGCGCGGCCGGUCGAGCCAAAACUCUCGAGACAGUUUCGAAGAAUAUUAAAUGGGUCGCUAGAAAUAUUGAUAGUAUCAAGAAUUGGUUGUCCAAAAAUUGACAGUUUACAACUAAGACGAAUUAAAGAUCGAUAAAAGUAUCUUGAUAUACAAGAUAGCUGACAAAACUGUCGAAGAAAGACAAUAUAUACUGAUUUUUAAUUAUUAUGCAUAUAACUUUUUUUAAAUUUUGGUAUUGUACGCCUCAAUCACUGAAAGUCAUUGACAUUAUAAAGAUAAUUACUUAUGAUUUUGUGCGUUACUGUAAAGAACGAUCGUUACAAAAAGAAUCGCUCCCGCAGAAUACGGUGAACAAGAAAACUGUUUUUCAAAUACAUUGAAAUUACACUGUGAUCUGAUCUUUUUGGUCUGUCACGCAAUUAUCCUGUGGCAGUGUUAUUGUAAAGUACUCUAAAUACCAAGGCACCAAUAUGCAUUUUGCGCGAAGCAUAUGCCUUUCAUGCAACGCAUUUACAAAUCUUGAUAUGGAAAUUAUAUAUGAACAAUUUUAUAGGAAUAUAAUUUUGUGAUUAAAUAUAGCACACGUUUAUACUGUUAA